AUGGUUGGUUUGACCGCCGUCCCCGACGGACAUUUGUGGACCGAAUCGACUGAUAAGCGUCUUGCAGCGCUGGACCUUCCCCAGAUCUAUACGAAGCCAUCCGGCACCGAGCUCCUCCAGACCUUGGACCUGUUAACGAUCAAACCACGCAGUUUCGGUGCCAGUGCUCAUGGGCCGGUCAAAAGCCGCGCAGUCGACCCCACGGGCCUGACUCGAUACCUGACAUCCAUCAUUGCGAGCCCCCUCUCCUGGCUAGAUACCGAUGAAUUGCGGGAAGCCAUUUGGGACGCCGCGUCCGCGCGCCUUAGUGAGCGGUCUGGUCGAACGGCAAUGCCGGCAAUGUCCCGCGUCUUUGCAAUUCCCACAUCAUCCGGCGAAGAGCUCACACUGACCCUCCACGAGCCAUCGUUGACGGCGGACAACCUAGGCAUGAAAACCUGGGUUUCCUCUUAUCUUCUUUCUCGACGCCUCCACUCCGUCCUCGAAUCUACCCCGCAACUCGUUCCCUCUUCAUCAACCGCUCCGACACCAAAUCCUGACCGCACCCUUCGAGCGCUAGAGUUAGGCGCAGGUACCGGCCUCGUCGGGCUUUCCUUUGCUGCCUUACGCGGCGAAACUGCCAGAAUCCAUCUCACAGAUCUUCCCGAAAUCGUCCCGAAUUUGUCUCACAAUGCUGCUCUAAAUGUCGAGCUGCUCACCAGAACCGCUGCGACAGUCACAACAGGGGUUCUAGAUUGGUCCGCUUCGCCUGAGACGCCUCCAGCUGCCGAAGAACAAUACGAUCUGAUUCUGGCUGCGGAUCCUCUUUAUUCUCCUGAGCAUCCGCGGUUGCUCGCUGAUACUAUCGCUGUUUGGCUAAGCCGGGGUCUCGAUGCGCGUGUUGUGCUUGAAAUGCCUUUGCGGGAUGCGUACCUGCCCCAAGUGCAGGAUCUCCGACAGCGGCUAGGGAAAUUUGGGUUGGCAAUCGUUGAAGAGGGCGAAGAGACUGGGUAUGAUGAUUGGGAGACCGCAGAUGGAGCUGCAGUUGCGGUGCGAUGCUGGUGGUCUGUUUGGGGCUGGAGCGAGAAGCUCUAG